AUGAAAAAAAAAAAUAGUGAAAAGCACUUUCUAGCCAAAGGACAUCGCGAUGCCGUUAACGAUGUAAAAUUUUCUCCGGACGGUCAUUAUUUAGUGAGCGCUUCCCACGACACAACAAUUAGAAUAUGGCAGACAGAGACUGGCGCAUGUGCAAUGAUACUAGACGACUCUGUAGGGACUGUCACGAAACUGUGUUACUCACCUCUAGAAGGUCACAUGAUGAGUAUAUCAGGUCCAGGAAACUUUGUGAGUGUGUGGAACACAACAUCUUAUGUGGUAGAGAAGGUCUUGGAAGCAGACAAUGGUAGAGAGAUUCAGAACAUAGCUAUAACACCAGACGGAAUGGUAAUUAUUGGGCUGUCCGAAGACAACAAAAUCACACUUUGGGCUACGAUGACAGAUAAUUGUGUGCCUAAACGAAGAACAACUACUCACAUGAAAGGUGUUUUGACAAUUGCUCUGCAUGACGAUGGCAAUGAAUGGUGCAUCGCAACCGCUGAUAGAGAUGGAGUCAUUAAUAUUUGGAAUUAAACGUUUGGAAAUAAGAUAUUUCGCUCAAGCAACAAUAUCUGGAAUGAAACCAUGAAACAUCUAGGAGUGAAAAAUAAUCUCGGAAUAAGAUUAUGAACAUGCUUAACUUUAUGAAGGCUAAAAAUCACUAAAGGCCGCUUCUUAGGAUAUACAUAUAGUAAUUGAUGAAACUUUAAUAUGCAUGGCAUAAUUUGACCUUUCAAGUGUAGUUUUAUUUGUUACGUUAUACGGUUACAUAAAUUGAAAGAAACAGGAAAAAACUUAUUAAAAUAUUUAUUUCGAA